AUGUUCCGUGACCGUGACAAACUUGUAUCCCCGCCUCGUCGCCUCCGGCAGCACCUUGCGCAGCAUGGGCACAGUCCAGCUCCGCCUGUCGUGGAUGAUGACGAUCCCGCCGGGCCUCAGCAUGCUCAGGAUGUGCCUCGCGUUCAGCCACGGGUACUUGACCUGCGCGUCGUGCGGGUAUAUGCUCCCCAGCACGAGCCUGUAGCCCAGCUUGUCCAGCAGCGCCCGCAUCCUGGCGCUGAAGAACCCGGACCCGGGCCGGAAGUACUUGUACGGCGGCGCCUCCCCCCGGCCGGCGUCCCUGUAGGCAUCCGCCAGCGUCUCGUGCACGCGCAGGAUCUGGUCCUCGAGCUCGCCGAGCCCGAGCGCCCGCGCCGCCUCGUCGUGCAUGCCGUGGUUGCCCAGCUCGUGGCCCCCCGCGACCACGUCCCGCAGCGUCUCCCGCCGCGCCGCGCCCGUGACCUGGCCCCCGAUGACGAAGAAGGUCGCGCGCGCGCCGUGCUCGCGCAGCACCUCGAGGAUCUCGCGCGUGUGCUCCGAGGGCGCGUCGUCGAUCGUCAGGGCCACCGUCCUCUGCGCCGCGGGCAGGCUCACCUGCCAGAGGACGUCGGGCCAGCGCCGCGAGAAGUACGAGAUGAGCAGCCGCGGCGGCUUGUAGAUGGCGUAGAAGGGCAGGAGGACGAGCAGGGCGAGCGCGGCGAGGGUCGCGAGGGUGGCCAUCCUGCGCCGGCGGGCGCGCCGGCGGAGCUUGGAGGGCAGGCGGAACAGGGCCGGGAAGGUGAGCAUCACGCCGGGGUUUGGGAUUUGGGGGUGGCGUUGGCGUGCACGAGUCUGUUCAGGUUCCUGCUGGGUGCCGGCGGUGCACCAUUCGGUCUCGCAUUUCAGGGAUCCUGUGUCGGUGCACACGGGUGUUUUGUCGAAAUGGAAGUCAAUGGUGGUGACGUUGCCAGGGAGGACUGGUCAGUUAGGUAG